AUGGCUUUCCAGUUCUCACCUUUCAUUUUAUUCGGUUCAUAUUUGACCAAAAAGAUUCUCCGUCGUGUUCCUAGCAAGUACAGGACUUCGACCCGGGUCCGACGUUUUGUCGUCGAUGGUCAAGAGGUUACUACCACCUCGAAGCGCGUUGUCAUGGCCAACGCAGAUGGUCAAACGCAGAAGUUGCAGCAAAACGCAUUUCAUAAGAAGGCCUUGCGGGACUUCCGGCUACUGGCUAAGGAAGAUAAAUGGAAGAACCGUGAACUGCGAAAUCGCGCCGAACAGCAGUCAAACCAACUCGAGGCCAAACUAUCAGCGGAGAUCACGCAACUGCAUCGUCAACAGACACGUGAACUUGAAGCAGCCGCCAAGAAGUUCAAAGCGAGUUCGGAUCUGGAGAAUUCUAUCUAUGAGGCUGAUAGAAAGAACCUCCGUGAUCAGACCCUAAGUGGUGAAAAGAUAGUCCGUGACCGCUUGAAGUCCAAGCUGGAUAACUCCAACAUCUCACGGUGGAAACGGAAAGCUAUUCUGCGUGACCUCAUGGACUCCGACCAGGACCCCUAUCGACCACCCUCCUCUGCCAGUUCUGUCUCCUCUGAAGCCUCGUACAACGAAUUGAGUCGAGAGGUGGCCGAAUUUCGUGAUCACCAAAGGGAAUAUUGGGACCAGGAAAUCGCGAAGUUGAAAGAAUCGCACGAUAAGAAACUGGCCCACCUAUCAAUCCAACAUCGAUCGGAGCAAUUUAUGAUUAAUCAGAGUAAGUAUUCAGGGCACUUUCAAACUGUAUCCCGUCGUUGCAUGAUUUAA